AUGCACUUUGUUAUUGUAUUGAUUUUCACCAUUUUAUUCGAGCCAGUUCCUUCUCAAGCUCAAUGUGGACGUCGUCCUGGGACCAGAAUCGUUGGGGGCUCGACAGCGACGCCUAAUUCAUGGCCCUGGCAGCUGUCGUUAAGACUGAUGGGAGGCCAUACUUGUGGUGCGUCCCUGAUUAGUCCCCGAUGGGCCAUCACAGCGGCUCAUUGCGUCAGAAAUUAUAUUGAUCCACACUUGUACAGCCUCGUAGCAGGGGCACACCGAAUACGCGGAGACGGAGUCACCUACCGCAUAAACAAGAUCAUUGCGCAUGGCGGAUUUUCAAUGAGUCACCUUAGGAAUGAUAUGGCGCUGUUGAGGCUCGCUGUACCCGUGAAACUCAGCAAUAAAGUAGGGACUGUGUGUUUCCCUAAGAGUGAAUCUCGUAUCUCCCCGGGAAGUCGAUGUUGGAUUUCAGGGUGGGGUGCCGUCAAGAUUACCUUCUGGGGAAAUCACAAAUCGCCCACACACCUUCAACAAGCCAGCGUUCCAAUUGUGGACUUCAAUACAUGCUCAAAUAAGGCUGGGAGUAGAGUUCAUGAUGCUACCAUGGUUUGUAUCGGAGGAGGUGGAAAAGUGGCAUGCCAUGGGGACAGUGGAGGUCCUCUCGUUUGCGAGGAAAAUGGACGGUGGGUUCUUCGUGGUGUAGCAUCUUGGACGGGCGAUAAAUGCAAAACUGAUAACUAUUCCAUGUACGCCCGUGUUAGCUACUACAUAAACUGGAUAAACCAACAGAUUGCGAGUACCGGCGAUGGAGAUGAUGGAAAAGGUAAAGGCUGUUUCUAA